CGGGCGGGGCUUUGCUCAGGGACGUUACAACUCGUCGAGGGUGGCUGCGGCGCCAUUUUGAAUUGGCUGCGGGUUGGAGGCGGUGGUUGCUGAGCGCGGCUCCGCGUCCCUCGAGAAAAGCAGCGAGAAAGAAGGAGCGAGGUCUGAAUAUGGCAGCGAAUAGGAACUUGAAGCAAGUGCGGAUCGAGAAUAGCUCCCCAGCGACGCCGCUGGGCAUGGUGGGGGGUGGUGGCAGCCUGAAGGGAUUGCGGGGCCUAGACACGGAGAGCGAGGCAGCGGCGGCCAUGGCGGUAGUGCCGGGCAAAGAAGCUGGUGACGAAGAGCAGGAGGUCGGGUUCACUAUCGACAUCAAGAGCUUUCUCAAGCCCGGGGAGAAGAGCUACACGCAGCGUUGCCGGCUGUUCGUGGGGAACCUGCCUACCGACAUCACCGAAGAAGACUUCAAGCGCCUCUUCGAGCGCUACGGGGAGCCCAGCGAGGUCUUCAUCAAUCGCGACCGUGGCUUUGGCUUCAUUCGCCUGGAAUCUAGGACACUGGCUGAAAUAGCAAAAGCAGAACUUGAUGGUACUAUUUUGAAGAGCAGACCACUUCGAAUUCGAUUUGCCACACAUGGAGCUGCCUUAACUGUCAAGAAUCUUUCACCUGUGGUUUCUAAUGAGCUGCUGGAACAAGCAUUCUCUCAAUUUGGCCCGGUGGAAAGAGCUGUUGUUGUAGUAGAUGAUCGUGGCAGAGCUACAGGAAAAGGUUUCGUAGAGUUUGCAGCAAAACCUCCAGCACGGAAAGCUCUAGAAAGAUGCAGUGAUGGGGCAUUCUUGCUUACAACAACACCUCGUCCUGUUGUUGUAGAACCAAUGGAGCAAUUUGAUGAUGAAGAUGGGCUCCCAGAGAAGCUAAUGCAGAAAACACAACAGUAUCACAAGGAAAGAGAACAGCCUCCACGUUUUGCUCAGCCCGGAACGUUUGAGUUUGAGUAUGCUUCACGGUGGAAGGCUCUUGAUGAAAUGGAAAAGCAACAGCGUGAGCAGGUUGACAGGAACAUUAGAGAAGCCAAAGAGAAACUAGAGGCAGAAAUGGAAGCAGCUAGACACGAGCAUCAGCUUAUGCUGAUGAGGCAAGAUCUCAUGCGGCGCCAAGAAGAAUUGAGGCGUUUGGAAGAGCUUCGGAAUCAAGAACUUCAAAAACGCAAACAGAUACAACUGAGACAUGAAGAAGAGCACCGACGUCGCGAAGAAGAGAUGCUACGCCAGAGGGAACAGGAGGAAUUAAGACGACAGCAGGAGGGAGGAUUUAAGCCGAAUUUCAUGGACAAUAGAGAACAGGAAAUGAGAAUGGGUGAUAUGGGUCCUCGUGGAGCAAUAAACAUGGGAGAUGCGUUUAGCCCAGCACCUGCUGGUAACCAAGGCCCUCCUCCAAUGAUGGGUAUGAAUAUGAACAACAGAGGAACUUUACCUGGCCCUGCAAUGGGUCCUGGUCCUUCCAUGGGGCCGGAAGGAGCUGCAAAUAUGGGAACACCAAUGAUGCCAGAUAAUGGAGCAGUGCAUAAUGAGAGAUUCCCUCAAGGAGGUCCAUCACAGAUGGGUUCACCUCUGGUUAGUAGAACGGGCUCUGAAACUCCUCAGCCGCCAAUGAGUGGUGUAGGUGCCGUGAGUGGUGGACCUGGUGGCUUUGGUAGAGGAAACCCAGGGGGCAACUUUGAAGGACCUAACAAGCGUCGCAGAUAUUAAAACUUAUUUCAUUCCUUACUGUUUAGAAAUUCCAGUAAAAAUAUAUGGUGGUAUGCCUUUAUAAUUUUAGCUGUUAUCUGGAAACGGUUUUAUUGUUAUUGUAGUCUUUAAAACAGUUUCUUUUGUAAAACCUUUUUGUAUUCAGUCAUAGGCUUUGUAGCAUAGAGCAGAAAUGAUGCAGAUCAUUAUGUAAGGCAAUGUGUUUGUGACUCUAGCAAAAUAUAAUGUGUGACUAUGCUGUAAAACAUGCAGUUAUCUGAUUACAAUAAAAUAUAAAAAUCACUUGAAAGGAUUUUGGAAAUGUUAUUACUAAUACUGGGCUUAGAAUAAUUUUAUGCUGAAUUGUAAAUGGUAUCAUUUUCAUUCUUAAUAUGUAGUUUCUACUAUGUGUCAAGAAAAUUCCAUUCUUAAUAGCCAAUCUGUUCAGCUAGAACUGCAUGUUGCAGUACAUAUUAUGAACAAUUUACAUUGCAACUUCUUACAUUUGCUUUGACUUUCGAAGAGCGUCGGAUUUCAUACAAAGUGCUCUUUUAAGGGUACUGUGUCCCUGUAUCUCAAUCUUCCUUUGCAAAUUUAGUCACAAGAGGCUUGUAAGCAGAGUACAUCCAGUAUUCAAAUUACUUGAAAAUUUAACUUUGGAAAAAACUUUGGAAAUGGAAUCUGUAUGUAUGUUUUAUUCAUAACUGAGUGAAUGGAUUUAAGUAAACUAUAUACAAUAUACUUCUACAGAAGAAAAAUCUAUCGUGACGUCAGUGUGUUCUACUGAUCGUUAAGGUAUCCUGCCAUUGCAAGGGAGGAAAUAUUUAUGCUAGCUGGUUUUAAAGCCUUCAACUGUGUAAUGCAUUACCAUAAGUAUAUAUUUUCCCCAUGCCUGGCUUGAGUAGAAACAAGUCUGUUAUCAGUGGUUAAUUGCUCAGUUUAAAGGCAAAUGUGUGUUUUCCAGUUAAAAUAAUUGUUUGCUUCUAAUAGAGUAUUAAUGUGCAUUUAGAACGAAAUGAGCAUAAGUAUUCUUGAUAAAUGGUUUGUAGAAUGAUAAAUUUGAAAACACCCAUUUCUAGUAAUGUAACUCAGGCUAGAUUUGCUGAUUGAGUAAUGUGAUAAAACUAAUCAUAAAGCUCUUAGGAAGCUGCUUAUGGUUCAAAUUUUGUCAAUGAUGGAAGAUGAUGGAAAAGGCCUUAUUAGUUCUAAUCCUCUAAUGGCGAGAAAGUAAGCAUAUUAUUAGUUACUAUUGCUUUUUUUCUUGCACAAACGAGUUUCAGAAUAUUAGUUUUUUGUUUCUUGUCACUUCACUCACAUUUUCACAAACAAAUUAUUAAAAUUUCUCAGCAUGAGUUGUGAUACUAAACUGAUUCAAAACUGAUUUGAUACAACAAUGUAUCCUGAUUGUAUCAGAACAAUAUGUAUAUAGCUUAAAGCAUGUGAUGCAAACUGCAGAGUGUGUAUGUGUUUUUAAUAUACAUCUGUGAUGGUCUUGUUGAAUUUAAUUAUGAGGAAUGGGUAACAGGAAAAAUAGAGGCAUUGCUGGCGUUUUGGAAGUGCAGUAUUUGAAGUGUCGGUGUUGUAUGGCUUAAGAUAGUGACAGAUUGUUUUGAUAGAGUUACUAUAUGUGUAGGUCCUCAACUAUUUUUUCCUAGACUCUUAACUUUCAAUGCUACUGGUUUUUUGCUCAAUGGUCUGAGAUAGAUGUCACAUUUUAUAGUUUGUAAUGUAAUAGUGGCUUAAAGUCUGAAGUACUGGUUACCCUACAUGAUAUUUGUAACAUGUUACAGUACUCAUUCUUCUAAGAAAGCCGCAACUGGUUUCACUGAGCAUGCCAUCUCUAAAACUUAAGAGGUGCUUUUUCAUUAAGAGCACAGGUUUGCACAUAGCUACUACUUAAGCUCUCUGAUUUGGUGUUACGCUCUCAGUUGUAGAAUACAGUUUACAUCAGUAUGAGUUAGUGUCUAAAUAUAAGGUUUUUUUGUUGUUGUUCCAUCUUUUCAGGCCUUGUUUUGAUCAUGGCAUUUUCAUUGGGGUUGAGGAAGGUAGAACUGUUGUGGUUUAUAUGGUAGUUAUAUACUGUAAAGCUCUAAGGGGAACAUGUUUAAAAAAUGUAAUUUGAAUUAGAUUCAAGAGGUCUGGGUUUUUUGUGGGUUAUUGAGGUUUCUUUGCUCCAAAGGAGAACACUUGUUCAGGCCUUUGUAUUUUUUCUGGGUAUGUACCUGGUUCUCAUCUCUGUAGUAUCUGAAUGUUUCAGAAGUUGCUUAAACAUACCAUAUCUGUGAAAAAUAGUUCAUUCUUUCCUUGCCAGACUCAUGUUAUUUUAAGUGCAUGUUUUUUGUACUGCAUUUUUUCUAGCAAGUAGAGGUUUUUAUUUUUUUGAAGGUUAUUGUAGAGUUUAACAUUACAGUGAUUUUCAUUCAGCAGUCUCUCUGAAAGUCUUCAACUUGGAUAGUUCUGCUGAUGCUAGCAGUGGAUUUGUCUUCUGUCAUUAUUACAGAACGUUAUCUGAUUUUUUUUAUUUUAAGUGCAUGUUUUUUGUACUGCAUUUUUUUCUAGCAAGUAGAGGUUUUUAUUUUUUUGAAGGUUAUUGUAGAGUUUAACAUUACAGUGAUUUUCAUUCAGCAGUCUCUCUGAAAGUCUUCAACUUGGAUAGUUCUGCUGAUGCUAGCAGUGGAUUUGUCUUCUGUCAUUAUUACAGAACGUUAUCUGAUCUUUUUUAAUUACCCAUGAACAAAGCCAUUAAGUCCUUAAAAAAGCCAAGUACUGAUGAAAUGCUUUAAAGCUCUGAUAAAGAAUUUCUUUCGUUGCUGGUAACAGGCUGCCAAAUUCUGGUCAUAAUAAAAGUUUUACGGCUGCCUGGUCGUGUUUAUAUUUGUAUAUAGCUCAGUAGUAAGGCAGAGUUAUGUUUUCCUGUUUAUGGGAGUAACUGACACUAGGUAUAUAGUAAAUGUAUAAUAUUGUUAAGAAAGAAAUGGUCCUAAUUUAUUUCUUUAAAAUGAUAAGUAAACGUGGCCAAACUUUUUUUGCUUGGAGAUACUGCUCACAUGCUGGUAAUGAUUUACCUUUCUUAUUCCUCAUCUGCUGCACUGUCCAUUCAUCAUUUUUCUUCUGUGUGCAUGUGUACUUAAGUUGUGCACUCUCUCACCAUUCUGGCUGACUAGGAAGCACAGUGAGGUCCUGACUUAUUUCCUUCAUGCUGUUGUAAUGCAAAUAAUAGUAAUAGCAAAAGAUGAGAAAUUGGUAACUAUGAUGUGAUUACUUUUUGGUUGUACUUACUGAGAUGUUACGAUAUUCCUGAAAUAUCUGGGCAAAAUGCUUGGUUUUCAUGUGAGACACUGUCUUAGUACUUCCGGAUUGUAAAGUUUUAAUGUUCCACUUAAAAAGUAGAACAUGUCUGUACUUUUUAUUUUUAUAGAAACAAAAUACACAGACUAAUUCAUUCUGGAGUCAUGAAAAUCAAUCUCUGCACUAGUCUAUCAGCCUGUGGUCCAUGAGCUCUUGGUGGUCACUGUGAAAGCAGAAGGUAGCUGCCAAAAUCUAAAAUAAAAAUACAUGUAUUCAUGUUUAAGUAAACGGUGGGAAAUAAAUAAAUGUUCAGAGCAGUCUCUAUAUAGUCAGGUAAAGGACAAGACUAUGCAAAUGGAUUUAUGGAUUUUUCUUCUCCAAAUGUUAUGUGGACCAUCAAUUUAAAAUCUUUGAGAAACAGUUUCAUAAUACUGCUUAGAAAAGUUAUUAUUAAGUCUAUACUCUUUUUUUUUGAUAAAAGUCUUUUAUUGUUGAGACAGAAGGGAAGCAGUAGGAGCACUUGAAAUACUGUAAACAUUGUUACUGUAUUACAGUGCUGUUUUCCAAAUGGUCCGGGGUCAAGCGUGCAUAACUGCAUUUGCAUUUAUCAUGUCAGUUAUUUAAGGGGGAGCUAUCUGGCACUUAAACACAAACCAUCUUUGUUACGAGUUCAUGUCUGUGUAGCAGCUUCUGUCCAGUGUCCUAAUCAGAGAAAGAACAUUGAUAACUCGCUGGUGAUCCAGGCACACUAAGGUGUAUUCAUUUUCUAAGACGAAUACUUGAAAGAUAUUACAGAUUUUUUAAAAAGAAAAUUCCUGAUCUUAAGAUGUUUUAUUGUCCGUAUUUCUGUUUUAGACCGAAAUCCAGUUGGACCUAACGAUACAAUAAAUUGGAGAACAAAUGUUUCAACCUCCUUUUAUUAGAACAAAGUGAUGAAACAGAAAAUGGAAAAAAAAUGAAUUAAAGGAGUUUUAAUUUUAAUCAUAAUGCAAUAGGAUUUCAUAAUAUGCGUUCUUUGACAAUAUAAUUUAGAUCAGAAUUCUACUCAUUUUAAAAAGCUAUACAAACUUUUAAAAUAUAUUUUACACUUUCAAUCCUAGAUUUUUUGGCAGUUAAAAAUAGGAUCAUUUGCAACUACAGAUUCUUCUAAUAAGUUUAUUACAAGAAUAUGUCAACUUCUAUGAUGUACUGCUUGUUAAACAGUUAUAUAUUGCCUGGAGAUAACUCUGCUGAAAUAACUAAUCUAAAUGAAGAUUCUCAGGUUAAAAAAAGAAAACACACACACACAACCCUCCCGUCCCCCCUUAAGCUUCUCAAAGGCAGAAUAUGCUUUGGGGUUGAAGGUUCAGCAAAUGAGUUUUGUGCUCUGAUGGCACAAGGCUCUUUUUACUUAAGCAUAUUGUAGAAAGCAAUUUUUUUGUCAUGCAUCUUAAUUCAGUGCAUAUACAAUUUCUUUGUAUAGCAAAUUAGAAGAAAAUUCUUCCCUUCUCAGUUAAGUUGAAAUAAAAUGUAAAUUGGUGAAAUAAAAUUAUGAACUAUUUUAAAGCAGGAGAGGCCAGGUGGUGGCUGAUGGGGUCAGUUUAGGUUGGACCACAAAUAUAGAGUGACUCUCAGUCCCAUUCCAGAAAUUUGGAAUGGUGCAUAUAUCCAUAGGUAGUUCUGCACAGUCUGCAUCCGGCAUGUCUAGUUAGCUUGUGCUUGGGCCAGCACUGUGGGACUUGAGAUAUCCAGCAGACUUUUCAGAUGCUAUUUAAUUGCGUUCUCGAGUGCCCUGAAUUUAUUAAUUUGGGCACCGUGCUGUGUAAACAUGUAGCGGCAUCUUGGAAUUCGGUGCAUUGCUUGGGCUCUUAGCUCUUUGAGGGUUGUUGACCUGCUGGAAAGCAGCUCUACAGAGAAGGACCUGGGAGUGCUGGUGGGCGUUAAGUUCCCCCUCUCCUCAGCCCUGGUGAGGCCGCAUCUGCAGUACUGUGUCCAGUGUUGGGCUCCCCAGUAUGAGAGAGACAUGGCACUACCAGAGAGAGUCCAGCCUAGGGGCUAUGAAGAUGAUUAAGGGACUGGAGCAUCUCCCCUAUGAGGAAAGGCUGAGAGAGCUGGGCCUGUUCAGCCUGGAGAAGAGAAGACAGAGGAGAUCUUAUCAAAGUAUACAAAUACCUUAAGGGAAGGUGUAAAGAGGAUGGAGCCAGACUCAUGUUCAGUGGUGCCCAGAGACAGGGCAAGAAGCAGCGGGCACAAACUGAAACACAGGAAGUUUCAUCUGAAUAUGAGGAAAAACUUCUCUACUGUGAGGGUGACAGAGCACUGGAACAGGUUGCCCAGACUGGUUGCAGAGUCUCCUCCUCUGGAGGUAUUCAAAACCCGCAUGGACGCGAUCCUGGGCAGCGUGCUCUAGGUGACCCUGUUUGAGCAGGGGCUCGGACUAGAUGAUUUCCAGAGGUCCCUUCUAACCUCAACAACUCUGUGAUUCUGUAACAUUCCCUCCUAUUAAAACUUACUGAUCCUUGAACAUACUAGUUGCUGCAGAGACAGUGGCCUGUGGAAAAUACAGGGGUUGGACAGUACUCUUUCGGAUUAUUGGCUAUUCCAUAGUAUCUUAGUGGCAACUUGGGACUUCAUCUUAUAAGUAUUUGUUUUCGUUGAAAUCUAUUUGAUGAACUAUGAGGGCUUAAUAAACAAAAAAAAGGAUUGGGUAAAAGAACCUGCAAUAUUUUGCAGGUACUUCUUUUUCUUUGUCUAAAACUUGUGUUUUAGUGGAGGUGAAAUAAACUGAAUAUUGAAUUUUCUCAAAAACAGUACUUCUGAAAGAAGCCCUUAUGUGUUCACUUUCAGUGGGAUAGAUCUAAUAGGUCUUUUCCAUCUUAAACUUCCUUAAGCUACAAUGAAAAUUAAUAUGAUUGAAAUUUGGAGGUAUUCACAUUACAUAACUUCAGCCUGACUUCUGAAGUCAGACAGAUAAGUUAGAUGUCUAUUUUAGUAAACAGGAAGAGGCAGGUUUCUUCAGAAAAGCAGCGUAGAAGAGGUAUUGUUUUUUUCUAGUUGAAUGAACUAUUCGGAGUUUAAGUUUAGACAUAAAUACAACCUCCUUCCAGGUAAAAAUAGCUUUAAAAUGACUUUCACAGAAUGAUUCUGUUUUUACAUCCAGUCAUAUUAAAAGAAAAAAAUCCUUGUGGAUGUGGAUAAACUUGCUGAUUUUGUAUAGUUCCUCAAAUUGGGAACAAAAUGCUGUUCAUAGGAGGUAUGAAAUUCAAAAGGAGUUUAAUUGUGUUACUGCGUACACACGAGUUGAUGUGUUUUUUUACUUCGUUUUGGUACAUAGCUUGUCUAGAGCUUGAAUUGUUCCUAGUUUUAUUAGUGGUUUUUAUCUAUUUUUUGUAGAGCAACAUAUAGCUGUAUAAGUUGUUUGAAUUUACAUGCUUGCUUAUUGUAUUUGGAACAUCAGUUCUUGACUUGAAAGAAGUGCAGUGAGAAUAAAGAUACAGUUCUUGCCUUUAAUUCCUAAGUAAAAAAUAUUGCACAGAACCUUGAACCAGUAAUAAGCAUCCUGUGUGUAAACUGAAAAAAGUGGGAGGAAAAAAAUAAAGUAACAUAAUAAAAAUGGGAGAAUUGUGGUUUAAUUUUAUAUCUACACCACAUGUACAAAAGUAACUUGAAAGGCUGUCAUUAUGAAAACCCCUGAAACAACUAAUUUUAAUGGAAGAUAGAAAUACCAGUUACAUUAAUGUCUUGAAUUUUUAUAAACUUCAGGUUUAGCAUUGUGCAGAUUAUCAAAGAAUAUCCAAAUAACCAACUGAAUAACUGAAAUGGGUUAAUUAUCUGAAGAUAAUUUAAACAUUCACAGGGGGUGGGGGGAAAUUGUAGUUGGAUAAUUUUCUUCUGUGUGCUUCUUAAAUUGUUAUGUAGGACUUAAUUUUUGUGGCUGAAUACAGCAGUUGUAUACAGCAUGCACAUCGUGUUUUCGUAAGUACGAAAUACCUGAUUUUAAGGUUGUUUGCUUCUUGUCCAGCCUUUGUAGACUUAAAAGCUUGCUUACAAAAUUAUACAUAUGUAUCGCAGCCAAAGAAGUGGCAAACAGAAGAUUAUAAGAAUAAAUAUAACAGUGAGAAGUUCUUUUUUUCCUUUUUUUUCCUUCCCCCACUGGACAGGGUUAGGGUAUUUUCAUGAACCUGUUUUUGUCUUAAUUUCACUGUAAACAACUUUCUGUUUUUAAUUAUGUGAUAGGGAAAGUGGUUUUAUUCUCAGUAAAUAGUUCAGAGAACUAAAGAAAAAAAGUUUUUCUGUUCUAAAUAGCCAUAUAUACUUAACCAAGGUGGAAGAGGAAGUGUAAUAAAUCUCUAAAAUCAUGUAAAAAUAGCCAGGAAUAUUUGUUAUAAAUCUUUCCGUAGGUGACUGCUCUUGCGGUUUUGGACAUUUUAAUGUGCUUCUGUGAUUUUGUUUAGUUCCCUGAUGGUUACCGUAGUUAUUUGAUUAUGUAGAUACAGCAUUUAAUUAAAAAAAAAUACUUCUCUCUGGCUGAAAUAACCCAUUUACAAUUUUUAAGUAUUGGCUGUUAAACAAGGUUAUUGCUGAUGCUGUGAUUAUAGACACCUGAUAGUUGAAACUGAUCUUCUGAAUAUUUUUGUCAAGUAUCAUUCAUGUUGGUACUAUCUUUUCCUGAUUAUUUGCUAUAAAAGAAUUUAUUCUGCAGUACUGUUGCUAAGCUUUAAAUAUUUUUAUGUAGUGUAAAAUUGGAAAAAAAAGAAAACUGUAAACCUGCUACUGCAGUACUGUAGAAUGCAGUCUCAGUGAAAUGCAGGCUGAAAGUUGCUUAUAGAUGUUUUAAAUAUUUGUAUGCUUGUAGGAAAUCCUGAAAAAUUUGAAAUCUGAAAAAUCUAAAUAUCAUUUAGGUAGCAUAGCUUAAUCUGUGUGUGUGUAUAUUAAAAAUAAUAUUUCAAUACAUACAUUGCUGCAGAUAGGGAUGAUCCUUCCUUUUGCCCUCCUUGCUGCUGUUCCUGCUGCCUGCCUGCUUUGUGCCACCCAUGCGUCUCCGUGCCCCUGCAAGGAGCAGGGUCAGAGAAACCCACUGAGAAUUACACACCCUGCUCGUUGCAGCGUGGAGGGAAUGAACAGCAAGGGGUGGGCAGUAGAGCAAGACUCUCAGUAACUAUGCGGUAUAGGCCAAUUUGUGCUGUAUCUACAUGCUAUGAAGACAACAUAAUCUUAGGUGGGUUCUCAGUAAAUGAGCUUAAAUGCCUUCUCAAUCUGAAUAGCACAGUUAUAUUUUACAUUUAGUGGUACUUGGCUAAGAUGGCAAGAAUUUGAAGUAACAGUUAACUUACUGCUAAAAUGCUUUACCAUAUUGUAUGUAAGCUUGAUCCAUCUCUUCACUUUCUGCAGUUUUUUAGAAGGCGAUAUAUAAGCCAGUAAUAUGUGGAAAAUAGUGUUCUUCACAACUUCUCCAGGAAAGAUGAUAUGCACAGUUGCUUUAGAGAAGCAAGUGUUUACUUCAUAUUUUUUCUUUGAAGAAAACACAUAAACUCCAGUUACAAAGAUGGGAAAUAGUGUGUCUUGAAAAAUGCUAACAUUCUUCACUGAUACAAUAGCACUGCAUUGUUCCUUGUAUUACUGUAAGCACUUAAAGGACGGAGCAUGUGAAAGGUAAGGUGAAGCUCCAGUUUUAAACAACUUUGGAUCAAAAAUCUUUUCCAGAAGGCACAGAAAGAAAACAGUGUAAUAACAAGGCGGUAGUUUAUCUUCUGUUUUGUUUCAUUGUGGGGCAUCAGGCUUCUAGAACUUCUGGCAUUGUGUGAGUAGCUGUUCCACAUGUGAAAAUUUCAGAACCAGAGCUCUGCCAAAUAAUGCAAAUAAAGUUUCUGACUAAGUGUGUGGAGAACGCAAUUAUCACAUUUCAGAAACUGAACUUUCAGAGUUUUGAAAUUAUAAAAUAAUUGUGAUAUAUUGAAUUACUGGUUUGUAAGUGAAAAUUAUGUCAACUUGCUUGGCGUUAAGGGUUGGCUAUGCUUUUAGAACUACUGUGGUAUAUUUGUCAAUUGAUUGUUGCCAUGUUAUCCUUUGCUUAGCUUUUGUAAUGUCACUUAACUCAAUGCAUGUUUCUCCCGUUAAUUCUUGAAUCCACAGUUGUGUAUAUCUCAUGGUUUAUUCAUCCUCACUUUUGAGUGCAAAUGUCUGUCUAUAGAAGGGAGAUACUAGAACACAUAUCUAUUAUGUAAUUAUCAAAUUUGGGAGUCUCUUUAUUGCUAAGCUUGUUCCAUUUUGUGUUCACUGUGCAUGUUUUGUGCAAAAGGUGCUUUUGCUACCACUUACAGGGAGAAGAAGUAUCAAGUCAUUAAAAUGGGUUAAUUAGGAAAGUAAACUGAAGUCCUGAACACACCUUAUACUGUUUCUAAAAUGACCAUGGCUCAGUAGAAUGAAGUCACUUGAUAUAUCUUUCUGCAUGAUUACAUCUAGAUUUUAUUCCACUUACGGGCCAUUUCAGUAUUAAUGUUAAUAUUUUUUUCUCAGUUAAAUCUUGAUAGGGUUCUGUUUUUAAUACUUACAAGCAUCACAAACAUGUAUAAGACAGUAAAUUAAUAAAAGUCAUUUGAAGAUACUUGCUCUGAAUGAUACUAAGUCUCCAAAUUGUAUUAAACGUAACUUCAUUGUUUUUAAAGUGAAAGGUAAAUUUUAUUGAGUGGGAGUAAGGCAAUCCACUGUGUUUAAACGAAGUUUCUGUGCAGAAUUUGUGGAGGAAUGUUGCUCUUGUUUGAGUUGCAUUGUGUUGAUGGGCAUGUAGUUUACUCUUUAAAUUGGGAAAAUUGUGUAAAAUUGUUCAUUCUGAAGACUUAAAAGUACCAUUUUCUUAAUUUUACCCAGCUAUUAGACCUAAUUCAUUAUGUCAACAUCCUAACAGUGGGAUUGGUUAGAUUAGGCACAUGUGCUUUAUUGCGGAUAGUGCUGUACAGCAAGAAUAUAUGAAAUGGGACAAUGGAAGUGGUGGCGGUUACUGAAGGCUGAUACUAUGUUUUGCUUUUAAGCCCAGUUGGAUAAAAACUGAUCUUAGUUUAGCAUUAUUCCUAUUGCUUUUGAAAUGAACUCUUUCCUGUGUCUUUUUCUUCUUACAGUUACCCAUAAAUCUGAAUUUCCUAGGCGUCUGAUACUUUUGAGGAAAUAAACACUAAUUUUAAAACUCUGCCCACAACCCUGGUACUAUAUUUGCACUUGUACUUUAUUGCUGUAAUAGUUGCAGAAGUAUUCACAAGUUUGAAAGUCUUGUAUUUUUAGAUUUUGGGGGGGAGGGAAGGGAUUAUUUAUUUCUAUAUUGCUUACUACUUGAGGCCUCAGAUGGGAAAAACGGGUGUUUCAGAAACUUAAUACUGUUGUAAAAAAAACUUUCCUAAUUGUUUAAAAAUCAUGUAUCUUCAAAACCACCCAGUGUCAAGGAAGCUGAAUGGUGUAUCUUUCAAGAAAGUGGGAAGACUUUUUUUUUUCUUUUUCUUUUUUAAACAGAGAUUUAAAUAUUUCUGAAGUAUUAGAGCUCUAAAUACUUCACUGGACUGCUAUGGAGUAUGUGGAAUCCUAACCUCUAGUUAGUAUUAUGGUGAAAAUUUGGCAUUUUCUCCCUUUCCCCAAAACUUUAGAAGAAGUAGUAUGAGGAAGUAAUGUGAUGCUCUGACUGAAGUAUUGGGCUGAGUCUUGCAUCUUUGAAGACUGUCACUGACCUGCUGUGGUAUCCUGAUCCAUUCCCUUUAGAAUUUCAUUUCCUAUUCUGUAUUCAGGCUUUUCUCUUUAUUGUAAAUGGCUUUAAUGUUUCCUGAUGAUAUGAGUUGUGUAAAACUUCAUUCAGAGGGUUGUAAUACUAAACUUGACAGAAAUAGACUAGAGGAAAGAGAAGAUGUCAGAUGCACAGUAAACACGGUUCUUCAUCUGAUUCUGCAAGUCAUCACGUCUCCCUAUGUGUAUUUUGUUAGCAUAUAAAUGUCGUGUAUGUUUUAAUGUGAUGUGAAGUUAAAAAGAGGAUUUUCAGCACUUUGUGCUGAGGAAAAAGCCUUAUGUCAGUUCUGGUUUAAUUUCAUUUUAAAGUUUCUCAGUAGUGCAAAUAAAUACACAAGAAUUAAGUGACUGAAUACACUAGAAUUUAGAUAAGUGCCCUUCCUUGACUCAUAGGCAUGUGGAGAUACUAAUAUGGAAAAAUAAAAGUAAAGGUUCCAUUCCUGGAUUUACGGAUGGGGGAUACUAAUGUGGAAAAGCAUGAAGGUUUGACCUCAUUUUUCAGUUUCUCUAACUCUUUUUCACCUAAAAUUGUGGAAGCUAGCAUUAGAACUAAAAACCCCAAAUAUGACUCUUGAUAAGUGUUAUCUAAAAUUCUUGACUAUUGUUUCAGAGCUCUGCUAAAAAUGAGACUAAUUUAAUGUAAAUAUGUAAAUAAAAUACAUGCUUUAAUGGACAAAAGUAAGUCUGAAAGCCUAUGUUUCAUUAAGGUAUGGAGAACAAGAAUAGUGACAAAGUGGAGUUGGCUAGAUUACUCAUUUUUAAAGUUUUGUCUACAUAAGCUAAAAAGAACAGAGAUGGAAAUCUAUGGAUGACAUGCAAGCAAAUGCUGAGAAAACUACUGGAAGGAAAAAAAAAAAAAAGAAAAGAAGUUCAAACAUGUAUAAUUUAAUUCAGUUCUUUUACUUCUUCCAACAGAGAAGUUGUAUGUUCAGUCACAAGUUCACAGAGCUGCUGUUCAAAAACAAAUGCUGCACAACCCUGUCUUGCUCUAAUUGCAGGAAUAUUUUGUCUUUGCAGCAGUAGCCCUGAUAGUGAAAAACAACAAGGAUAGAACUGUCAGGAUUUACAUUUAUGAAGAACGUUAUUCUCUUCCCAAAGUGAUAAAUCUAAGUAAUGAAUAGUUCAACAGUCAGCACGUGAGGUAGCUUGUCUGUUGAUUGGAUAUGUAUACAGCUAUAAUUUUUCCAGUUCUUUUAAUUAGGUAAUGCCUUUGGUUAUUUCAGGAGUUGCUUUUCCAGCCUCAAUUGCGAUAGUCAUUUUUCAAGGGUAGUUCUUAAAGUUUUCCUUAUCUCCUCCUCUGCUUAGUGAAUUUCAGUCACACAAUGGCAGCUACUGUAAUUUGUGGGGUGGGGAUGGUAUAGGUAUGGAGUGCUUAAAUUGGCUUUUGCUAAUGUCAGCUACAGGCUGCUUGGCUUACAUCCUUGUUCAAUCACUGCAUUGCACUUCCAAGUGUUACCUUUCAUGAAUUAUGAAUGUGAUGUUCUCAAGGUGCUGAUGUGAGCAAGCUUGAACAGGAACUUAGGACUAUUAUAUCCAAAUUUUGAAAAAAUAUAAAGCCAUUACACUUGUACUAUCAACAACACAAAUUCCUUUGAUAUUUCAAAAUGUUGUACUGCAGAAAAUGAGUAUGUUGGAUGGCUGCUUUGGUCUCUGAGUCACUGAUUUUCUAAUGAAGCAGCUGUCCCAGUUCUGCCUUUGUCUCCAGGUGCUCAAGUUGAGCUUUAAACUCUUUGGCUGUUUGCAUUUGUUUUAGUUUACAUGGUGUGGUGUGAACCAGAAUCAUUCAAGCUUAUGGAUAAAUAUGCUCUGUGAGAGCACACUUUGCAGUCAGAUGCUGACCAAAUGCAGUGUUUUGUACAGUUCAGAAUCAAGAGAAAUUGGCCGAAAUAGGUUUUAAAUACCAUCGAAGUACAAUGAAGAGGAAGCAGGAACAAGGCUGAGGAGCAGGGUAGGAGAGCUAACUGUAAGCUCUUUGAUGCUGCUCUAUUAAAAAUAGUGGAAGAAUCUGGUAACAGGUAAAUGUUCUUUCUACCUUUCAAAGAAAUUGAUAGACAGUACACAGAACUUUGGAUUUGAAAUGUGGACUUCAUCUGAGAGACAUGGAGCUUCUUUUCAAGACAUAGUAAAGGAUGUUUGUCUGUAACAUGUUAGAAUGGAUUUUUUUUCCUCUUGUACAUCGGAAGUUACAAACAGGUAACUAUGAAGCACCAGCUUUUGUAUUUUAGUCUGUUCAUAAGCAUUUUCUCAUUAAUGUUAUUUACAAAUUUGAAUAUGUGAGCAUUUUAAGUAUGGGCUUGCAUCUUAAUCUGAAUGAAUCCCGUGUAUGAUUAAAAGUAAUGCUAACAGUCAAUCUGUCUGAUAUUCAGAAUACCUUAAUCUUGAAGAUGAUGCCAACUGAUCUGACCUAGGUAUCUUCCAUAUGUAAGGUGACGACAAAAGGAAUUUCCCUGUUUCUUACCAUGUGGUCUUAGCCUAAGCCUGUGCAAAAGUGGUUUCGUUAUUGAAGGCCUUUGUAGUUUGCUUUCAAAUGAAUGAAGUUUUAGCUAAAGUAGAGUGUCUUUUAGGAAAUAAAAAAAGGUUAAUUUUAAUAGUAGUCCUAAAACACACUGACAUACCCAGCAGUUCAGUCUGUUAUCCAAACUUGUAAAUAUUGCUAAUAUCUUGGUUUUCUUCAGUCCUCUUUAUUACACACUAGUAGGUACUUCCUUAGUUCUAGUUACGUGAGAGCCCGGGCUUUUUUGUUUGUUUGUUUGAUAUUCUAUUCAUAUUUUAUUUGUUUGAUAUUUCAAACUAUUUCACAUUGGGUAGGAACAAUGACUUUUUAUCCUGUAAGAAGUUGUCCCUCCCUAUUUAAAUUAAAAUGAGAUAAGAAAGAUGGUAACAAGGAAGUUGAGAUAAAUCUUAGUGGAGCGUCAGUAAUAUGUUCAAUUGUACAAGGACAAAGACAUGUCUGAGUCCCAGCUUGCCAGAUGGUGAAUCUUGCAUGAUAGUAGGAAGUUGAGAAUCUCUGCUCUAGUAUUAGAUAGUCGAAUUCACAGAAUAUUCUGCCUUAAAAAUGUAUCACAGGUUCCUUGGUGUUACUAUACACGACUUUUUCCCAGGUCUGAAUAGUAAUCUGCUUAGACUAGGCAAGUGCAGGCUUUGUUUACUGUGAAGACUUGAUAUGUCAUAUUGAAACACAUAGGUAGGUUAAAGUAAAAGUUUUCAUGAGAAAUGUUACCUUUAUUCAACGUUGUCUUGUGUUUUUUUUGUAAACAGGUCUUAUUUCAAUGGACCAAUACAGGAUAGAGCAUUUGCAGGAUACACUGCAAAUUAUUAAUGCUGUGUUUUCAUCUUUAUUGUGAAAUACAGGUUCCAUUUCCUGUCUCUUUCCAGUCCAAUGCAAGAUCCUGUUUUCUCUACCAAAUAUAGUUUUAUUACAAUAGAUGCUAUUUAUUACAAUACAAGUAGCUGUUUUGUAUUUGUCAUGGUGAAGCAGUCAGAAAUUAAAAAGUCAGUAUUCCCCCAGUAGAAUUGAGCACAGGAAAGAAAUUAUUUAAUUGUGAAAAAGUAAUUAUCAAAUCUAAAUAAAACUUUAACUUUCUUGAUCUGUAUGAAUUAAGGUAACAAGCUAUUACGUGGUUAGCUACUGAAUGCUUCCUUACCAAGAAAGUUGCAUAUAGUUCCAUAUUGCUAUACAUUAUGUUUUCAGGUGAAGCAUUUCAAAGAUGAAAGUUCUUUGAGUGAAACUUAAGUUGUUGAUCUUUAUGUAGACCACAGGCUGCCCUUCCCUUUCCCCCAGCACAAUCAUAUGGCUUAAGAAGUUUUAGCCCCACAAAGAUUUUUCAAUUCAGCUGUCAUUAUUUUGGAAGAGGAAGUUAGGACACUGGCCUUACUUGGCACCUGCUUCAAAAAUGACAGGUAAGGAAUCUUACAGGAGGGAAUGGGGAGCAUUGCAUAAAGUUGUAUAAAGCAGCAUUGCUAAUGCUUAUUUCAGAAGUAAAUGCUCUGUACAUCAGUUUUACAAUUCCUUAGUAAUACAGCUUUUAUGAACUAAAAGAGAAAGUUGGGUUAUGCACAAUCCAGGAAGCUUCCCUUGAAACUAGAAUGUCUUCUCCCAUUUUUUUGGAAGCUCAAAAUAUCCUCAAACUAGUGAGGUAAUCGCAUCUCAACUAUAUACAAGUAUUCUAUAUUACAAAGCCUGUGGUGAUUUUCAGUGGUGUUAAAAAAUGUAAAAUCUGUGAAAACCAUCUCUUAGGCUUUGCCUACACUCAUCUUUUGCUUCUUUAAAAACAUUUUUAAAAAAAUAUUUCUAAAUCAAAAUUGAUAAUAAAAUAUGCAUGCAUAUUUAAAUGUCUCUAAAUUUUUCCUAGUGGUUCUCUCAUCUCAGAUUGCAUAGUUGUAAACUUGUUUGCACAGUGCAUAGCACAGUAAUAUCCUGCCUUUUGGCUCUGUGUUAGUACUAGAGUAAUACAGAUAAUACUUGGAUUUGUCCUAGUAGUGUUGGUUUAACUACAUGUAGUUUUCAGCAGACUGUUAAAUUUGUUCCAAGUUCUCUGUGUGUAAACAAGCUGUAAAUAUCUGUGAUUAGAUGAACUCAUGCAAAGUUUCUAGAAAGUGACUUAAAAACAAGCUUAUGAAAUGUUAGCUGUAAUUUUAAUGCUGAGUGAUACAAUGGUUUUAGAUCCUUUUGAUCUGUCAAUUUUCUUAAUUUUUUUUUUUUUUUUGUUAACUGGUUAAGUCCCAUGUACUUGUCACUGUUUCUAGGUGAAAGAGAUGGUGAGGGUUAGGUGUUUUCCCUUGCCCCUUCGGCAAUUUUUACUUCAUAGCUGUUCGUGAUAAGGUAAAAUACCAUAAAAUGCUCAUGAACUUAGCAACUAUGUAAAAAGAUGUGUGACUUCUGAAUGGAGAAAACUGUACUAUUACUUUAGUCUCAGCAUGAACAUAGUCAUUGAAUGUGGAAACCUGGACAUGAGAAGGAACCCUCUGCUGUAUUAAUGCCAACAGAUACAGAAUGGAUAAUUAUGAAAAUCAUUUGCUUAUUAGCUAGCUAUUCUGACCGAUUUCUCAGCUUGAUGCAGGGGUGUUAGUGAAUAUAGAGAAUGGGCCACUAAUCCAAAAUGUGUGAUUGCUGUUCUGUUUCAUGUAGGAGUAUUUUAAUGAAUAUUUAUGGCUGCAACCUCGUAAUUGACAAAAUUUCAUGAAAAUUUAAUAAUGUGUAACGUAAUAAACAAUUUCAUUCUAUUGUGGAAUAGAAGUCUGGGUGAUAGUUAACUUAUUUCCCUUCUGUUAAUCAAAUCCAAAGCUCUUUGAAAUCAUAGGGAGUCCUUAAUUUCCGCUAAAAAAUUGAGCUUCCUUUCCUAUUAAAUGUAUGGUAUUAUAUCUAAGAAAGUAAUGACUCCCCCAUCUACUUUCAUGAAAUUUGCAGUGUACUUAAAAAUUUCAGUGUCUUCAAAUUUAUGCCUUAAGCUGCACACACAGGUGAAAUCUCUGCAGUUUCUGUUUAAAGUUUAGUUUCAAACAUAUGCAUCAUCCCCCAAAUACUUAAGAAAUAAUUCAACUUCUGUAUGAGUUUUGUAUUACAGGCAAAAUAGAAGAAAUGUGUCCCUUGAACAUAAUACUGUCACUGGUACUCGUUUAUUGUCUAGUCAGUACUAACUGCCCCUAUUUCUUAUUUUUGGAAAUCUGAUUCCAGAAGAGGAAUAUUAGUAUGUUCACAUUCCUCAUUCUGUGUAAGGUGCUAACUUUGGAUAUGUUACAGCUUGUAAAUUGAAAAUCAUGCAACAGAUGUAAAAAAUUUUUAGUCGUCUUCUAGAUGAAGGAAAAUGAAUGCCUUGUUGGCUUAGUUAAAGUAGCACUUGUCCUUUGUUUCUAGGAACUUAAUUAGGCUUUGUGAGCCUAAUUUUGGUAGUGUUUAUUUUUUCCUCAAGUGUUUGCAAGUACAUGUCCUUAAGGAAAAUUUUCAGAACAUAGGAUUGGAAAAGAGUAUGUUGGAGUUUGUCUCCUGCAAUCACUGGCAGCCAUGCAAUGAUGUCCAGUUGAUACUUGAUCUUUUAAUCUCUGAUUUUAUUGUUGCUAAUAUACCUUUUUGGCUUCAGCAGGGUCUGCUUGUGAAUAAGGUGAGCAAGGUUCAACCAGACUUGAGUCUAAGAAAGCUAAGAAAAAUGAAGAGGAAAAAAUUGUUUGACUAUUUAAAAAUGUUUAGUACUGUAUCUUCUGUUAGUACUUUGGCAGCCAACGUUGUUAUCUUACCUUUUAAUAGGAAGUCCUGAACAAAUGCAAAUAGGAGCACAGCUCUGCAGAUCAUCUGUCUCGGGGGUUCCUUUUGCUAACCCCUGGUAAAUGACCAGAAGGGAUUGUGUGUUAUCCUGAGAACAACUCGGAACUGGAGUUCGUCCUUUCUGUGUGACGGAUAGUGGGCAUGCUACUCACAAAAUGAUACAUAUUCCUGCUGAUGCAAAAUGUCAUGGUCUCCUUCAGUGGAAGUCAAAAUUUACCUAUGCUGCUGUUCAGUGUCACUAGGUUACUAUUACAGUAUUAAAAUGCACAUGAAGAUGGGCUUGUGCGGAAUCCUUCUGCUGCCUUAUGACUAUAUAAGGGCAAGAUUUGAAACCAAGUUUUAGUAUAAGGUUUUAAAGAAAGCUACUGGUGGCUGUACAGCCUUGAAAAUGGAAGAUAACUUUCUGCUGCACCAUGAUUGUGUGCAAAAUUCUGCUCUUCAAGUCAGCAUUAAAAGGAUCAUCUGUGUUUCAGUAGUCCUGCAGACCUGAGCAAAUAGGGCCAACGAAUUCUUUUCGUAAAAUGAUGAGAGUAAUCAUCAGCAUGGAGACUUAUCAAUACCAAUCUGUUUACCACCUUUUCUUCCCCCACCAACCACUGCAGAUUGGAAAAGAAGCACUGGAAAAAUCUGAUGACAUUGAAGACACCUCUUCCUCUCUGAGGAGGAGACAGGUUAUAUCUUCUCCAAUAAAGAAGGUGAUAUCCAGCGUUAAGCAAGUUAAGCAUUUUAUAAUAAAACUGAUGUGAGAGAACUUUGAUGCAUAACUUAGCUUUUGACUCCUUUUACAAUCUAGACUGUACUAGGAGGUAGAUUUCGUUUUCAGGUCUCCAGUACUGGUUUUGGGAAAUGGCAUUGAUAGAAGGAUUUAAAUUUGCAGAUACUACAAUUGGAAUCAAGGUAAAUGAUGCAUUAAAAUACUGUUUUUAGAUUAAAUGAUUGUUUUUGGAUUAAUAAACACUAGUGGAGGUAAAUGAGUAAGAAAAUAUUUUAAAGCACUAAUACGUAACAAAAUAAGGGAAAAUACAGUACUACUUACAUUUAAAAAAAAACAGUAGUCUGGAUUUUGUUUAGGCUACAGCAUCAAGUUUAAAAUAGAACAGUAAUAGUAGUUACCUAGUAAAAAUUGUGUGAGGUAGCAACAGUUUAAAAGAACUGUGAGAAAAUGUUAACUGGGAGAUUAAAGCUGCAGUGAGAUUUCAUGAUCUAUGAAGUUAAGUUUCAUACUUGCAAGUUAUGAUAAAAAUGAUACCUGCUGUCUUAAUGGGGCCUAAGAUGAACAAUAAAAACAAUGAAAUGAACAAUGAAAAAUGAAAAUUAAUUUUGGUGCAUUAGAUUUUAACAUUGCACUGUAACAUCACCAGUGUAACAAUUUUUCAGGGUUUCUGUUUUUAAUAAAACUAUUUCAAAUUAA